GAAAAAGACAGCCCUCCCUUCACACUGCUUUUUUUUUUUUCUCUGCAAUCGCAAUGAAUAGUACGUAGUUCCUCAGUUAUUGAUUCCGUCAACGAAUUCCUCUUCCAUCGAAACGGAGACGGACGAACGCAGAAGAUGUCGGUUCUUCUGUCCGAUACGUUCUACGAAGAUGUCCCAACACUGGAUGAGGUUAAGCAUGAAAUAUCAAGUAUUGUGGGAUUGCGGGAGAUCAAGAGGCACUUAGAGGCAAUUGUGGAGAAAAUAAUUGUUGCAGAGAAGGAUGCCAGUGAUGGGCUCAAGGUGCUGCCCCCAAAACCCUUUCACAUGGUGUUCGUAGGGAAUAAUGGAACAGGCAAGUCCACCGUAGCGCGAAUUCUUGGUAAACUUUUUUAUUUGUCUCGAGCUCUAUCUUCUUACGCUGUGACUGAAAUGCAAGGAAAUAAGAAGAUGAAAGAUGCAAAAGGAGGUGUACUGCUUGUGAACAUAGAUGAAGAAGAUCCCAUUAACUCAAAGCUCGUGGAUGAGAUCAUAGCUGCAAUGGAUGAGGGAGACAUAUCAAUCAUAUUUGCUGGAACGUACAAGGCUUUAAAUCAAUACAUGAAGUUCAACAAUGAAUUGUACAAAAGGUUCUCAGCCCGGUUACAAUUUGAUGACUUGACUCCUGAAGAGCUUGCAAUGAUUCUUCAGAAGAAGGCGAGUGACCAAGGGGAGGACGGUUUGAUAUGUGGCUUUGCGUUGGAUUCUUCGUGUAGCACCAUUGAUAUUGCUGACAAGAUUGCCGCACUUGCACCUGAAAGUCUACGCAGGCUGUUGAAUGCACAUCUGCUCGAUCAAAUGCUGAUAGAGGCGAGGAAAGUGGCUGAAAGGUCAGGUGAAAAGACCAUCUUUUUGAGGGAUUUAGCUGUAGGCAUACACAGCGGGGGACAAAUCUAUAAGAACUUGCUGAAUUUGUGAUUCUGUGGCAAAUGAGGCUAUUUUGUUCUCUGGAAUAUUAAGGUUAG